AUGGAAUGGUUGGAUGAUAUCGAGGUUGUGUUUGCUUCAUGUUAUUGCCCUGAAGAUAUGAAGGUGUUGUGUGCUUCCCGUAUGUUAAAGAAGAAUGCUCGAAAUUGGUGGAGGGCUACUACUGUUUCUUUGACUCCCGAGGUGCUAGCUGCUAUGCCUUGGGGAACAUUUAAGGAGAAGUUUUUGGAAGAAUACGUGGGUACUCGUGAGUUGAGGUUGAUUGAAAAGGAGUUCAGAGCUUUAAUCGCUAAGCCUGGUGCCAUAACUGGAUAUGCUCACUCGUUUAUGGAAAAGCUUAAGUUUGUUGGUCAUUUGGUUCGUAGAGAUGUUGACCAGGUUGAGGCUUACUGUGAUGGUCUCCUUGCUAGCUAUCGUGGUCUUUGUAGGCAACAUACUACAUUUUUUGCUGCGAUUAAGGAGUCCAAGAGGCUGGAUGAUGACUUCAAGAGUGAAAAGGUUGCAGUAAAAGCUAAUGAUGACAAGCAAUCAGGUUCAAAAAGGAAGCAUGAUGGAUCAAAUGGGUCGAAUAGGAAGUUCAAGAAAGAAUGCAAAGAUAAGCCAAAGUGUUAUUGGUGUCACGAAACCGGUCAUUUCAUCAAGGACUGCCCACAAGGAAAAGAUGAUGGAAAGAAGACGGCUGCCCAAAAGCCUAAAGCUCGAGCCUUUCAGUUGACAGUUGAAGCUGCCAAGGAUAACGAUGAGGUAGUAAGUGGUACUUUUCUUGUUAAUUCAAAACAUGCUUCUGUUCUUUUUGAUUCGGGUGCAAAUAGGUCUUUUGUGUCUACUUUGUUUGCCCCUAAGCUCGAUAAAGUUACUACACCCUUGGAUUGUUCUAUAGAAGUUGAAAUUGCUAACGGUACUAUUUGUGACAUUCAUGAGGGUUAUGAUGAUUGUUCCAUAGAGAUAGAAGGUCGUUCCUUUUCGGUCCAGCUAUUGCCUACUACUCUUGCUGGGUUUGAUGUGGUGAUUGGCAUGGACUGGUUAUCUCAAAAUGAUGCUAAUAUUUUAUGUUCCCAAAAGAUCGUGCGUUUCUCUUCUCCAGAUGGUAAAGUUAUUUUAGUUUAUGGAGACAAGAAGAGAGGGAGCUUAAAGAUCAUUAAUUUGAUGAAGGCUCUCAAAUGUAUUCGACAGAAUAAGAACCACUUCCUUGCUUAUGUUAUUGAUGCACGAAAAGAAAAGUCUCCUAUUUCAGAUGUUGAUGUGGUUUCUGAAUGUUCCUAUGUCUUUCUUGAUGAUCUUCCCGGUAUUCCUCCCGACCGUGAGGUUACAUUUCAGAUUGACCUUGUACCCGGUGCUACUUCUGUUGCAAAAGCACCAUAUUGUUUGGCUCCUACAGAAAUGAAGGAGCUUAUGUCUCAGCUCUAA